AUGCAGCCAGCAAUGAUGAUGUUCUCCAGCAAAUACUGGGCAAGACGAGGCCUUUCUCUGGACUCUGCUGUGCCCCAGGAACAUUCCCCACAUGGCAACUUAACGCUAAAUAGAACCAAUUCUGGUAAAAAUGAUGACAAAAAAGGUAAUAAAGGUGCAGAUAAGUAUGAAUCAACAUCAGAAGGUGGCAAGACUGCUGUGGUAUUUUCUUUGAAAAAUGAAGUUGGUGGCUUAGUGAAAGCUCUCAGACUUUUCCAGGAAAAGCAUGUGAGUAUGGUUCAUAUUGAAUCAAGAAAAUCCAGGAGAAGGAGUUCAGAAGUGGAAAUUUUUGUGGACUGUGACUGCAGCAAGAAACAAUUCAAUGAGCUUAUUCAGUUGUUAAAGUAUGAAACAAAUAUCGUUACUCUGAAUCCUCCAGAAAACAUCUGGACUGAUGAGGAAGACCUUGACUGUGUUCCUUGGUUUCCCAGGAAGAUUGCUGAAUUAGACAAAUGCUCCCAGAGAGUUCUCAUGUAUGGCUCUGAACUGGAUGCAGACCACCCUGGAUUUAAGGACAACGUCAUCGACAGAGAAGAAAAUUUUUGUGAUGCUGCUCUUGGAAUAUUCUAUGGCCAGCCAAUCCCUAGAGUGGACUAUACACAAGAAGAAAUAAAAACAUGGGGUGUCGUAUUCAGGGAACUUACUAAACUCUACCCAACUCAUGCUUGUCGAGAGUAUUUGAAAAACUUCCCUUUGCUGACAAAGUACUGUGGCUACAGAGAGGAUAAUGUCCCUCAACUGGAGGAUGUUGCUAUAUUUCUUAAAGAAAGGUCCGGAUUUACAGUCAGACCAGUUGCUGGAUAUUUGUCACCUCGUGAUUUCUUAUCAGGCCUUGCCUAUCGGGUUUUCCACUGUACCCAAUAUGUACGCCAUGGCUCUGAUCCGCUUUAUACUCCUGAACCGGAUACAUGCCAUGAACUCCUGGGACAUGUGCCUCUGCUUGCUGAUCCUAAAUUUGCCCAGUUUUCCCAAGAGAUUGGACUGGCCUCCCUGGGAGCAUCUGAUGAAGACGUCCAAAAACUUGCUACUUGCUAUUUCUUCACCAUCGAAUUUGGCCUUUGUAAGCAAGAUGGGCAAUUGCGAGCUUAUGGAGCAGGUCUUCUGUCUUCCAUUGGAGAGCUCAAGCAUGCUCUGUCUGAUAAAGCUAAUGUGAAAACAUUUGAUCCAAAGACAACCUGCUUGCAAGAAUGCCUUAUCACAACUUUCCAGGAAGCUUACUUUGUAUCAGAAAGUUUUGAAGAAGCCAAAGAGAAGAUGAGGGACUUUGCCAAAUCAAUCAAUCGUCCCUUUUCUGUAUAUUUCAACCCAUAUACCCAGAGUAUUGAAAUUCUGAAGGAUACUAGAAGUAUAGAAAAUGUUGUCCAGGAUCUUCGAAGUGAUUUGAACACAGUGUGUGACGCUUUAAGCAAAAUGAAUAGAUACUUGGGUAUAUGA